CCUCUUAACCCAUCGCCUCCUCCGCCCUUUGUUCGCCUCCCUCUCCUAUUCACCGCCCGAAAACCCUAGCGAGGUCAGCCUAGCGCCACGAUUUCCAAUCAUCGUUGGGUUUACCUGAUCGGCUGAUUCCAACCUCUUCAAGUCUUGGGAGAAAUCCUGUUUCUCCCUUCUCUUCUGGGGUUUCUUGCACGGGAGGUGGACAAUGGCCGUGGCCGCUUCUGGUCAGUUGAAUCUCGAGGAGACCCCGUCUUGGGGGUCGCGCAGUGUCGAUUGCUUCGAGAAAUUGGAGCAGAUCGGUGAAGGCACGUACGGGCAGGUAUACAUGGCACGAGAAACAAGAACCGGGGAAAUAGUGGCACUGAAGAAAAUUAGAAUGGACAACGAAAGAGAAGGGUUUCCAAUAACAGCCAUACGGGAAAUAAAGAUUCUAAAGAAGCUUCAUCAUCAAAAUGUUAUUCAACUGAAAGAGAUCGUGACCUCUCCAGGUCCCGAGAAGGAUGAACAAGGAAAGCCAGAUGGUAACAAGUACAAAGGGAGCAUCUAUAUGGUUUUUGAAUACAUGGACCAUGAUUUGACUGGCCUAUCGGAUCGUCCUGGGAUGCGGUUUACAGUACCACAGAUUAAGUGCUACAUGAGGCAGCUGCUUACAGGUCUUCAUUAUUGUCAUGUUAACCAAGUACUCCACCGUGACAUUAAAGGAUCUAAUCUCCUAAUUGAUAAUGAGGGGAACUUAAAACUUGCCGAUUUUGGCCUUGCACGAUCAUUCUCAAGUGACCAUAAUGGAAACCUUACGAACCGUGUCAUUACUUUGUGGUAUAGACCUCCAGAAUUGCUGCUUGGGGCUACCAAGUAUGGUCCUGCUGUUGAUAUGUGGUCCGUUGGUUGUAUAUUUGCAGAACUUCUUCAUGGAAAACCAAUCUUGCCUGGAAAGAAUGAGCCAGAGCAACUUUCUAAGAUAUUUGAACUUUGUGGAACCCCUGAUGAAGUCAACUGGCCAGGUGUCUCCAAGAUGCCUUGGUAUAACAAUUUCAAGCCUUCACGGCCUAUAAAGAGACGUGUCAGGGAAACUUUCAAGCAUUUUGAUCGUCAUGCCUUGGAGUUACUUGAGAGGAUGUUAACGCUUGAUCCAUCCCAGAGGGUAUCUGCAAAGGAUGCACUUGAUGCAGAGUAUUUCUGGACUGACCCCCUACCAUGUGACCCGAAAAGCUUGCCAAAGUACGAGUCCUCGCAUGAAUUUCAGACCAAGAAAAAGCGCCAGCAGCAGCGACAGCAGGAGGAGACGGCAAAACGACAGAAGCUACAGCAUCCACAGCCACAUGCUCGCCUACCACCCAUCCAGCAAACAGGGCAACCACACCCUCAGAUCCGGCCUGGUCCAAGCCAGCCCAUUCAUAAUGCUCCGCCGCCAAUGGCAGCUGGUCCAGGCCACCAUUAUGGCAAACCUCGAGGACCCUCUGGAGGUCCUAACAGGUAUCCGCAAGGUGGGAAUCCAAGUGGUGGGUAUAACCCGAAUCGUGGAGGUCAAGGUGGCGGAUACAACAGUGGUCCAUAUUCACAGCCAGGACGUGGACCGCCACCCUAUGCUGGGGGUGGUAUGCCUGGUUCUGGUGGUCCACGUGGUGGAAGUGGCAGCGGCUAUGGAGUCAAUGCUCCCAAUUAUCCCCAAGGUGGCCCUUACGGUGCUUCAGGUGCUGGCCGAGGUCCUAACAUGAGUGGUAACCGCAACCAACAACAGUAUGGUGGAUGGCAGUAAAAGAAUAUUUUGGGUUCCUGUUCGACUGAUGUUCGGACAAUUUGCUUGAGGUGAUCAAGUGUCCAACUUAUGUACCAUGUCUGUCGGUCGGUUGCUCGCUCAGUUGCAAGACCAAUACCCAAUCUUGAAUUUCAUGUGACUUGGAUUGGAAAGUGCUAUAGUGUUGACUCGGAAUUAGGCUUGACAUGAAUUGGUCAGUUUAUGAUCAUUUAUUUAGACUCUUCAACUUUGUUUCAA